CAGGCCAUGGGAAGACAUUACCUGUUGAUAACACAGACUAUUCUCAUGAUCAUGGGAGGUGUGAGAGAAUUGCUGCUCUUUGUGAUGACUGUGGGGGUUGUCAAAGUUUCUUGUUACCCUGUUGGAAAGUCCCAGAAGCAAGAUCAAGUCUCUCUGCAGAGGAGACUUGGAGAGCUGUCAUCAAAUGACGUCUCCAUUGAGCAUGCCCUGGCCUUGCUCCGAUCCAUAGGGUCUGACGCUAAACAAGACAGAGAAGGUACGGCCUGAAACAUAUACUUUGAAAAC